AGACUGGCAGCCGCUUGCAAACAGCAGGAUAGAUGCAUAUGGAGUGAAGAGACUUCCAUUCCAGACCGUUUUUCCUGGCAUGAAGCAACGUCGUACCGCGAAGAAAAUAAGCUUCGUCAGCAACAACCUCCGUUUUCUUAUAAACGCCCCGCUUGAAAACUCCCUUCUUUUUAACCAAUCCGGACGAAGCACCUUACGAACAAAGCAGUCAGACAGAAACAAACAGACAGCCAUGAUCUCCAACUCAACGCGAGAGAAGGCCAAGGCCACCAAGGCCUAUCUGGAGCAGAAGUAUGCGACCAUGAAGCGCGAGCGCGAGGAGAGUCGCGAGCGCCGCAACACGCUGGAGCAGCAGAUGGCGGCGCUGCGCCUCACGGAGCGCAAGAAGGAGCAGUACCGCCAGGAGCUCCGUUCCAAGGAGCUGCAAAGUCUGCGGCAUCAACGCAAGCGCCUGGCGGUCGGAGACUUCCAACCGCUCGCCGUUAUCGGCCGCGGCGCCUUCGGAGAGGUUCGUCUCGUUCGCAAGCGAGACAGCGGCGAGAUCUUUGCACUCAAGUCGCUCGAGAAGAGCGCUAUGGUGCUCAAGAAUCAGGUGGGCCACGUCAAGGCCGAGCGCGACAUCUUAGCCAGUGCAGACCAGGACAACAACUGGCUCGUCACACUGCACUACUCGUUCCAGGACGACCAUAGACUGUAUAUGGUCAUGGAAUACUUGCCUGGUGGAGACCUCAUGGGUCUGUUGAUGAAGGAGGACACGCUGAAUGAAGCCACCACGCGCUUCUACGCUGCGGAAAUGGUGCUGGCCAUCCAGUCCGUGCACGAUCUGGGCUACAUCCAUCGCGACAUGAAACCGGAUAACGUGCUGCUGGAUGCGCACGGACACUUAAAGCUCACGGACUUGGGGCUGUGCAAGAAGAUGGACUCUCGAGUGGACUUAUUGCCAGUCUCGCAGCAUGCUAUGGACCCUGAGCAAGCGGCUGCGGCCGCUGCUGCAGCGGCAACAAGAGGUGGAGGUGGCGGCAACAGUGUGGACGCAUCACGCAGCAAACCCUUCUCACGUAACAGGCAGGUGGCGUUCAGUACAGUGGGUACUCCGGACUACAUUGCACCGGAAGUAUUGGCACAGAAAGGAUAUGGAAAGGAGUGCGACUGGUGGUCUAUGGGUGUGAUACUGUACGAAUGUCUGGUGGGCUAUCCUCCGUUCUACGCGGACGAACCAGUGCAGACGUGCCGUAAGAUCGUCAACUGGAAGCAGUCGUUCGGAUUCCCUCCGGAAGCUAUUGCGCGGCUUAGUCCGCAGUGCAUGGACUUUGUCCGGAGACUCAUCUGCAACGCCGAGAACCGAUUGGGAACCGGUUCCGUGGAGGAGAUCAAGCGCCAUCCGUGGUUCAACGGAGUGGAUUGGUCGACGCUGCGCUCCAUUCGAGCGCCGUAUAUUCCGCCUGGAGGCGGUCCGCAGUUCGACUAUGUGCUGAACCAGCUGCAGGCGAACAACCCGGAGGAGUGUGGGCCACAGUAUCAGGAACUCGUGCGCCAGAUUACAUCGAACUUCGACGAAUUCACGGAGCCCUGCGAGUUGCCUGCGCCGCCGCCAGUUCAGUCGUCGGGUCACGUUCCUCCUGCAGCACCGAUCAACGUCCCAGGCCGUGGCAAUGGCCCGACUGCAUCCGAUGCAGCAGGUCAGACCAAUGGUGAGUUGCCGCAAGCGUUCGGCCCGGACGGUAAACCUCUGACGUUCAACAAGUUCAUUGGCUACACGUACAAACGCAAGCCGCCGGUUCGCAUGGCACUGAACGACGGUCUCUUCGACAGCGGGGCCGCGCCUGUUACCAGUGAGGUGGACCAUUCCAAUGCGGUUACUCCUCCUGGCAGCGAUGGAGCCCAUGCCAAUGCGAACUCCAUACCGAACUCAACGUCCAGCGCAGGUUACUCGGCUCGGCAAAAUUUCGACGGUGGCAGCGAGCGCUAUGGAUAUUAGUACCAAUGAGCCGCUCAUGUGUGUGUAGGUAGAAGUUGCCGGAUAAUCCAGUGUGUUAAACAAUGUGGCCGUUGCAGACCAAACGUUUCUAGACCGUU